ACAGUUCGUCUUAUUUAAAAAAAUAAUUACGCAUAAAGUAUUAAUCAUGUUUUAUUAUCUAACAACAAUGAAAAUAUUAAUUAUAAAAAUUUUUUUAUAUAAGAUGGAUAGUCAAACGUUGGCACGGAAACCUAGGAAUUGGGACGGAGGGAGUAGGUGACAUGGUUUUGCUGAAUUGCUAGCCUCUUUAACAAAUUGGUUUUAAAACGUUGCAAGUCAUAAAUUUUGCUCCCUACUCUGACAGCUGUCUCAUGAAUCAGGAUAAUCUGCAUUAGAGGUUCUAACGUAGAGAAUGAAGUAUGAACAGUAGCGUGCAUUGGUGAGCUUUUUUUUUUGCUACGUCUGUGCAUCUACCGUGAAUGGAAACCAGCAGCAAGCAUCAACAAGUGGAGAGAGCUUUGCAAAGGAGAUCACAUGGUGCACACUUUUUAGCUUGAAACUGAGAUAGACAACGAGUACCAUGGAUUCAUUCCAUGGCUUCUGCGCCGGUGGGCCCAAUCAAAUGUCUCGCAAAGUCCAUCUAUAAAAGCUAAAAGAGCAGAGUACGAUUACUAGGUUGGUUUUCAUGUAAGAUGCUAAAGAGCAAGUACAAUUUGGUUGGUUUUAUAUUAGAAGCUAAAAGAGCAAGACAUGCUCUAAGGUAGGAUUAAAUAGAAUAUAACCAUAUCUUAUCUAUUGUAUACGUAAACUCAUUUGCUGGUAGGAUUAAAUAGGAUACAGCUAUAGCUUAUUAUCGAUCGUAUAUGUUAACUCAUUUGCUAUAGGAGGAUGGAGAAAAAACUAUUGUAUACGUUAAUUCAUUUGUUGGUAGGAUUAAAUAGAAUACAACUAUAGCUUAUUAUCUUCCGUAUAUGUUAACUCAUUUGCUACAAGAGGAUGGAGAAAAAGGAAAGAAAGAUAGUAAAAAAAAAAUGUUUUGGUGCAUUGAAUGUUGGAUUAUUUGGAUAGUCUUUAAACUGAUUAAUUAUUAAUACAGUAACAGUAGUAGGCUCUUGGUGAUUCGCUAAACAUUUGAGGUCAAAUCAUUUAAAAAGCAAACAAAGUGGGUUUUUGCUCUGCUCUGCCGUGUCCUUUUAAGCUUCCUUCUUCGCUUCUUCCUGCUGAAGACGAAGGGGGUUUUGCACUGCCAGAACAGUCCUCUCUCUGGAGUCCGGCCACACCAAGUUACAAGUUGAGCUGAGCUUGGAUGGAGUCUCAUGGUGACGAGGGCGAACCUUCGGCCAUGGCCAAGCCACCCAAGAAGCUUCCAAUGUCGAGGAAAGGGUUUGGCACGAGAGGGCAGUCGAUACAGCUUUUGACGAACCACUUCAGAGUCUCUGUCCGGCGAAUGGACGGCCACUUCUACCAUUACCACGUGGAGGUGAAGUACGAGGACGGCGGCCCCGUGGAGGCGAAAGGCGUGUGCCGGCGAGUCGUCGACAAGCUGCAGGAGACCUAUGCGUCGGAGCUCGCCGGCAGGGAGUUCGCCUACAACGGCGAGAAGGGCCUCUUCACCGCCGGAGCUCUGCUGCAGACGAAGCACCAGUUCGUCGUCGUCAUGGAGGACGCCUCCUCAUCUGGAAGGACGACGACGAGGCGGAGCUCCGGAGGAGACGAUGGAAGCCCUGGGGGGAGUGACAGGAAGAGGAUGAAGCGGCCGAUGGCGGUGAAGAAGUUCAUGGUGGAGAUCUCCUUCGCGGCGAAGGACCCCAUGAGCGCCAUUGCCGAGGUGCUAAGAGGGCAGGAGACAGAGAACUCGAUGGAGGCUCUUAGGGUUCUUGACAUCACGCUCAGGCAGCACUCUGCUAAGCAAUGCCUGCUUGGCCGUGGGAUGGCUAUGGCGCUUCAGGAUGAGGUCGCCCAAAACCUGAGAUGGUCUAUGGAUAGCGCACGCGAUACAGCCUCAUGCCCAUCGUACCCCUCAGCAAUGGACGGCUGGAUGAAAACUGGGGUACCGAAAGGAGGACGGGAGAAAAUCUCUUGUCGGGGAUUUCACUCCAGCUUUCGACCCACUGACAGUGGCCUGUCACUGAAUGUUGAUGUAUCCACGACGAUGAUCGUCAGACCUGGACCUGUCAUAGAGUUUCUUCUCUUCAACCAGAAUAUCAAGAACCCUCAUGAAAUUGACUGGGGAAAGGCCAAGUGUGCACUGAAGAACCUGAGGAUAAAAACGACUCACACCGGCUCUGAAUUUAGGAUCAUCGGUUUGUCUGAAGACACUUGCUAUUCGCAGACGUUCCAAAUAAAGAGAAAAAAUGGCAACGGUGGCUCGGAUACAGUGGAAGAAGUGACAGUCUUUGAAUACUACAGGAAGAAUUGGAAAAUAGAUUUGAAGGGAUCUGCUCACUUUCCCUGUCUAAAUGUUGGGAAGCCAAAGCGGCCAACAUAUAUCCCAUUGGAGCUUUGCCAUUUGGUGCCAUUGCAAAGGUACAAAAAGGCUUUGUCGACGUUACAGCGGUCCACGUUGGUUGAGAGAUCAAGGCAGAAUCCUCAAGAGAGGAUGUUUGUCUUGUCUGGUGUGUUGAGGGACAGUGAUUAUAACUCUGUGCCAAUGCUGAGGGAGUGUGGCAUUUCUAUAGCUCAAGAAUUUACCCAGGUUGCUGCUAGAGUCCUUCCGGCACCAAAGCUGAAAUCUGGAGAUGGCGAAGAUAUUUUUGCGCGCAAUGGGAGGUGGAACUUCAAUAAAAAUAGGCUCAUUCAGCCCAAGAGAGUGCAGAGAUGGGUAGUUGUCAAUUUUUCUGCGCAGUGCAAUGCCCAUCAUCUUGCUCAGCGUCUCAUCCAUUGUGGGAACUUGAAGGGACUUCCAGUAGAUCCUGAAGAUCAUGUGUUUCAAGAGAGAUCUCACAUGGGACGCGAGCGUGCGGAAACAAGGGUGAAUGACAUGUUUCAGCAGUUGUUGUCUGGCGACAAGCCCUCUUUUGUGUUGUGUGUUCUCCCUGAGAGGAAGAACUGUGACAUCUAUGGACCAUGGAAGCGUAUGUGUCUCGUCAAAUACGGUAUUGUAACACAAUGCUUGGCUCCUACCAAGAUCAACGAUCAGUACCUGACUAAUGUGCUUCUAAAGAUAAAUGCAAAGCUUGGAGGGUUGAAUUCGCUGCUGCAAAUUGAAAGAAACCAAGCCAUUCCUCUCUUGUCGAAGACUCCAACCAUUAUCUUAGGCAUGGAUGUUUCCCAUGGCUCACCGGGACGGGAUGAUGUACCGUCUGUCGCUGCGGUUGUUAGUUCCCUGGAGUGGCCUCUCAUAUCAAAAUAUAAAGCCUCCGUAUGCACCCAGUCUCCCAGGCUAGAAAUGAUCGAUUCCUUGUUUAAGCUAGUGGGGAAUGAGGAUCAUGUUAUCAUUAGGGAGUCACUAAUGGACUUCUACAACAGUUCUCGCGGACACAAGCCAGAAAAAAAAAAUCAUUUUCAGUUUUGCCAUCUUAAUUUUAGAGAUGGGGUUAGUGAAGGCCAGUUUAAUCAGGUGCUGAACAUUGAGCUAGCCCAGAUAAUCAAGGCAUGCGAGUUUCUUGCCAAUGAGAAAAAUGACAGUGAAUGGUCUCCAAAGUUCACGGUGAUAGUUGCGCAGAAGAACCAUCACACCAAAUUUUUUCAGACAGAUCGAUCGAACAAAGUUGUCAAUGUUCCUCCUGGUACUGUUGUUGACAAAGGAAUCUGUCAUCCCAGGAACUGUGAUUUCUACAUGUGUGCUCAUGCUGGGAUGAUUGGGACUACAAGGCCGACGCAUUACCAUGUGCUGCAUGAUGAGAACAAUUUCACCCCUGAUGACUUGCAGGAGCUUGUGCACAACCUCUCAUACGUGUACCAGAGGAGCACGACGGCCAUCUCAGUCGCUCCGAUCUGCUACGCGCACCUGGCGGCGGCGCAGGUGUCGCAGUUCGUGAGACUCGACGACGCGGCGUCGGAGGGCAGCGGUGACGGCGGCGCGCCGCCGCGGCCGGUGCCGGAGCUCCCGCGCCUGCACCCGGACGUCAGGCAGUCCAUGUUCUUCUGCUGAGUCUGUGAGCAAUGCAAGAAGUAGCUGUUGCUGUGGCGCAGCUUUGCUGUUCGUUGGGAUUGAUCUCUGAAAACUGAAACUGGUUGUUGCUACUCAAUAAUCACAAGCUGUAAUGCGACAUUGUUAGGCUUUGUGCGUCUUUGUUCGCAGCAGACGCUAGAUUAUCAGUCUAUGAUCUAUCUAGGGAAUGUCAAAAUGGACAUAAGUGCCUUCUUCUAUCUGUUUUUCAUUUGGAUCUUAUUAGACUGCACUGUUAGUCUGCAAUGGGCUUGAAUAGUUUGAUCUGUGCAUUUA